AUGAUGAAACAGAAGACUUUGUUUUUUCGCAUAGUUGGCCCAAGAGAUGAUGAUCCGCCUCAGUACAGCUUACCAACUACAGAUCAGCUGGCUAUGUCAGUAGUUGGUGAUUUUAGUUACGAAUCCUUUGAGCGGGAUAUUAUUGUGCAGAAACAAGCAGGAGACCUUCAACAGAUUUCUGCUCUGCAUCCCGCUUUCAUGGCGCUUCAAUAUCCUUUGUUAUUUCCGUAUGCUGAGCGCGGUUGGCAAGCUGGCGUUCUGUACGCUGGAGUCAUACAGACAAGAGCCAAUGCUCAUAUAAAAGUCACCAUGCAGGACUACUGCUACAUGUUCCAUUAUAGGAAAGAUGAACCAAAUCCGUAUCUGUGUUAUGGUGCGCUCUCAGGUCAAGCUAAGGUGGAUGCUCGGGCCUGUGUAGAUGAAAACAGGUUAUGGUACAUAGUAGAAAACCAAGCUGAUAUUAGAAUGGAAAGUAUCCAAGGAAUUUGUGAUGCAAUAAACAGAGGAUCCACAGAGGGCAGCGAGAUGGGGAAGAUGACCGUGCUACCGGCGUCGCACACGGGUGGCAGACGUUACAAGAUACAAAAUUAUCAUGAUGGGAUCGCUAUUUGUCGAGAAUAUGGUCCUCCAGAUUUCUUUGUUACUUUCACAUGCAAUCCUAAAUGGCCUGAGAUCACUAAGGCCAUCUUUGAUCCUGGACAAAAGCCAGUAGACAGGAAUGAUCUGAUAGUCAGGGUCUUUAAUAUGAAAUUAGAGGAACUUUUACAUGAUAUCAAAGCUGAGAUACCUGAUCCAAAAAUAGAGCCACUUGGCUAUGCUCUCGUCUCCGAACAUAUGAUACAUGGUCCUUGUGGUAAAGACAACCCAAAAUGUCCCUGCAUGAAAAAGAAAAAGUGCUCAAAACAUUGUCCCAAGCCAUAUGAGGCAGGCACUAUAGUUAACAAGAAUGGUUUUGCAGUGUACAAGAGACGAACAAAUGCACUUUUUGUUAAGAAAGGAGGCUUCCAGAUGGAUAAUAGAUGA